UCGAGCGCAGAGCGUCCACAUCUAAGUCCUUGAUCCAACCAUCCAAUCCUCUGAAUAAUGGCUGCUGAAGCUACUGCCAAGAAGGCAAAGAAGCCUACCCCUAAGCCAACCCAUCCUAAGUACAGCAUCAUGAUCGCUGCUGCCCUCAACUCCCUGAAGGAGCGCAACGGUUCCUCCCGUCAGGCUAUCCUGAAGUACAUCCUCGCCAACUACAAGGUAGGAGAGACCACCACUGGCGUCCGCCUCAAGCUGGCCCUGAGGAAGGGCGUCGCCGAGGGCUCCCUCAAGCAGAUCAAGGGAACUGGCGCAGCUGGAUCUUUCAAGCUGGCCAAGGCCGAGCCUGCCGCUGCCACAGGAACCCCCAAGAAGCGUGGAAGGCCCGCCGGCAAGAAAGCCGCCGCCACUGCCAAGAAGCCAGGCAGGCCCGCCGGAAAGAAGCCCGCAGCCAAGAAGCCCUCAGGAAAGAAGCCAGGCAGACCCGCAGGCAAGAAGAACGCCAAGAAGCCAGGCAGACCCGCCAAGAAGUAAACUUAGUUAUGUAAUCUCAAACCCUAGUGUAAGGACAUCUGUAUAGGUGUGAACAAUGUGUUUCUUAAAGAAAAUGCAAUUAUUUUAUAACUUUGACGUUCUCAUUUACAAAAUGUAGAUAUGUAUAUACUAAUAAAUAUCUAUUUUCUCAAUUUAA